UCCCAAGGCCUUGCUCUGAGUGUUGAAGCCGCGCUGCUUCUUGAGGGCAAAUGUACUGUUGCCCUGGCUGCUUCCCUUAGCACACUGGGCUGAGGGCUAUACAAGCUGCCUUAGCAAGCUUCUUAUUAUAAAACAUGGGAAUUUCUAAAUAUGGAUCUCAGUGAUGCCAAUUUACAAUCCCUAUCUGAAUUUCUGAAGAAAACUCUUGACCCUGAUCCAGCAGUUAGGAGACCAGCUGAAAAGUUCCUGGAAUCAGUGGAGAGAAGCCAGAAUUAUCCAUUGUUACUGCUAACUCUCAUUGAAAAGUCUCAAGACAAUGUCAUGAAAGUGUGUUCAAGUGUAACUUUCAAGAACUACAUUAAAAGAAAUUGGCGAAUUAUUGAAGAUGAGCCAAACAAAAUCUGCGAAGCAGAUCGGGUGGCCAUUAAAGCCAAUAUUGUGAAUUUGAUGCUGAGCAGUCCUGAGCAAAUUCAGAAACAGUUGAGCGAUGCUAUCAGUAUAAUUGGGCGUGAAGAUUUUCCUCAGAAAUGGCCACAUCUUCUGACAGAAAUGAUUAACCGUUUUCAGAGUGGAGAUUUUCAUGUUAUUAAUGGCGUGCUUCGAACAGCACACUCAUUAUUCAAAAGGUAUCGACAUGAAUUCAAGUCAAAUGAACUGUGGACUGAGAUUAAACUGGUGUUAGACACUUUUGCAGAACCCCUCACUGCACUUUUUAAAACUACAAUCGAACUCUGCCAUACACAUGCCAAGGAUGUCAACGUAUUGAAGGUUCUCUUCUCUUCACUGGUUUUGAUUGCUAAGCUGUUCUAUAGCUUAAAUUUCCAAGACUUGCCAGAGUUUUUUGAAGACAACAUGGAAACGUGGAUGAUGAACUUUCAUAGUUUGCUCACUUUGGACAAUAAGUUACUCCAAACUAAUGAUGAAGAGGAAGCUGGUUUAUUAGAACUGCUGAAGUCUCAAAUAUGUGACAAUGCUGCUCUCUACGCUCAGAAAUAUGAUGAAGAGUUCCAGCCCUAUCUACCUCGGUUUGUCACAGCUAUUUGGAAUCUACUAGUUACAACCAAGCAAGAGGUUAAAUAUGACUUGUUGGUAAGCAACGCUAUUCAAUUCCUAGCAUCUGUUUGUGAGAGACCACACUACAAACAUUUGUUUGAAGAUCAGAAUACAUUAACUAGUAUUUGUGAAAAAGUUAUUGUUCCUAACAUGGAAUUCAGAGCUGCUGAUGAAGAAGCAUUUGAAGAUAACUCUGAAGAAUACAUCAGGAGAGAUUUGGAGGGAUCAGACAUUGACACCAGGCGAAGAGCAGCUUGUGAUUUGGUGCGGGGUCUUUGCAAAUAUUUUGAAGGACCUGUAACAGCAAUAUUCUCUGGCUAUGUCAAUUCAAUGUUGCAACAGUAUGCCAAAAAUCCUGCUGUUAAUUGGAAACACAAAGAUGCUGCAAUUUAUCUUGUGACUUCACUUGCCUCCAAAGCUCAAACUCAAAAGCAUGGAAUAACACAAGCAAACGAACUAGUAAAUUUAACAGACUUCUUUGUUAAUCACAUAUUGUCUGAUUUGAAGUCUCCAAAUGUGAAUGAAUUUCCUGUGCUGAAAGCAGACGGGAUUAAAUACGUUAUGAUUUUCAGGAAUCAGCUUCCUAAAGAACAGCUUUUGAUGUCCCUCCCACUGUUAAUUAACCACUUACAAGCGGAAAACAUUGUUGUUCACACGUAUGCAGCCCAUGCUCUUGAAAGGAUAUUCACUAUGAGAGGACCCAACAAUACUACUUUAAUAUCUCCUGUGGAGCUCGCCCCAAUGGUUGAACAGCUGUUAACAAAUCUUUUCAAAGCUCUCACUUUGCCUGGGUCUUCUGAAAAUGAAUAUGUCAUGAAAGCCAUUAUGAGGAGCUUCUCCCUUCUCCAGGAAGCAAUUGUUCCUUAUGUUCCCACACUGAUUACGCAGCUAACACAGAAGCUAUUACUAGUUAGCAAGAACCCAAGCAAGCCACACUUCAACCAUUAUCUGUUUGAGUCUCUUUGCCUAUCAGUACGUAUAACAUGCAAGGCAAAUCCUGCCACUGUGAGAAGUUUUGAAGAGGCUCUCUUCCCAGUGUUCACAGAGAUCUUGCAAAAUGAUGUGCAAGAAUUUCUUCCUUAUGUGUUUCAAGUGAUGUCACUGCUCCUAGAGAUAUACAGUGCCGAUAUUUCUCCGUGUUACAUGGCUCUCUUCCCACACCUGUUACAGCCACUGCUCUGGGAACGUGUAGGGAACAUUCCACCUCUUGUCAGAUUACUUCAGGCUUUUCUGGAGAAAGGAGCAAAUUCCAUUUCUACAACUGCAGCUGAUAAAAUUCCAGGAUUGCUUGGAGUCUUCCAAAAACUAAUUGCAUCUAAAGCCAAUGACCAUCAGGGCUUCUACCUGCUGAACAGCAUAAUUGAACACAUGCCACCUGAUGCCAUGCAUCAAUAUCGGAAGCAGAUCUUCAUUUUACUUUUCCAGAGACUUCAGAAUUCAAAAACAACCAAGUUUGUCAAAAGUUUCUUGGUGUUUGUUAACCUUUACGCUGUGAAAUAUGGAGCAAUAGCAUUGCAAGAAAUCUUUGACAGUAUACAGCCAAAAAUGUUCGGUAUGGUUUUGGAGAAAAUUGUUAUUCCAGAAGUACAGAAGGUGUCUGGACAGAUUGAGAAAAAAAUUUGUGCAGUGGGAAUUACAAAGAUCCUAACAGAAUGCCCUUCAAUGAUGGACACCGAUUAUACUAAGCUGUGGACACCUUUGCUCCAGGCUCUUAUUGGAUUAUUUGAAUUGCCUGAAGAUGAUAGCAUUCCUGAUGAUGAACAUUUCAUUGAUAUUGAAGAUGCACCAGGUUAUCAAACAGCUUUCUCCCAGCUAGCAUUUGCAGGAAAAAAGGAACACGAUCCCAUUGGUGCAACAGUGAGCAAUCCAAGAGUUCAUCUGGCCCAGUCCCUUCACAAGCUGUCUACGGCAUGUCCAGGCAGGGUGCCGUCUAUGAUCAGCACAAGUUUGAAUGCAGAGGCUUUACAAUAUCUGCAAAGUUAUCUUCAGGCUGCAAGUGUGCAGCUGGUGUGAACCUGUUGUGGUUGACUAAAGACAUUCUUUAAAGGCUUUUUGCCAUGUGUGCUUGCACAGUGAACAUCAUUUGAUUGUGUUUGCAGUAGGAAUAAACCUGGAGGAGUAGUACUGGCUCGCAAUGAUUAUGAUGACUUCUAUCCAAAUCAGUUUGGUCCUGUGUAGGCUUAUUGCUUGUGAUCUCUUUCUAUCCACCUUCUGCCUUUUAUUUAUGUUUUCUUAUUCUAACUGCAAAACCUGAAUUAAUAAAGCACCCACAGAUGCAUUGCCGUGUACAGUUACUCUGGUGUAAAAUAAAAUGGAAAAUACUAAAAACUUGGCACUUGCUUCUAUCGUUUUACCCCAUUUCAUAUUUUAUGGGCAACAGUUCCUAGUUUCCCAGUUGUGAACAGCAAGCUAAUGACCAAUGUCUCGAUUGCACAGUGUGUCACAAAAUGGUAGAAUGCAGGUUUGUAAGCAUUAUGCCUCAUAUAGUGCCUUCCUGUUACAGGCCACUGCUUUGUUGUUGGAGUUCAGGGUUUGAAAGCCUUCUUCCAUCUUUUUGUAAACUGAUCAAUACUGUUACGGCAAAUCAACAUUCUCCUACUCUUCAUGAUCGUGUGAGGUGCAGAGAUAUUCACUUACAGUUAUGGAUUUCAGAGAAACGUGUACCAGGAUCGGAGGCUUAGAUGAUAAGUUAUUGCAUAGGGUGGGUAUUUUCUCACGGGAAAAGAGAAGAUUGAAAGGUGAUUAUACUGAUGUAGAUUGUGUAGGUCAAUGGCAAGUAAUAUUGUGUCAAGAAUAGUACAGUUGAAGGACACCACUCAAAAAAGUAAAGUACAGAAACAAUAUGUCAUGCAGUCAAUCUGUUGAACAGAUCCUUUAUUGAUUUACUCAAAUUCCAAUUAGAUUUCUUUCCAAAAAUAACAGGAGAGAGUAUGUGAAUAAAUUUAAAUUACCAGGUAUGUAAGACAAAAUGGGAGGCACCAGGCAAGUGUUGAUGUUUGUUCCCCAAAGCUGUCCAAGACACGUUUUCCCUCGUGUGGGUCUGUUGUAGAAUAAUUGACAUGAAAUUGAUUCGUGUGAUUAGUCAAUGAUAACAAUUUUGUUCCAUGCACCUACCAAAAUUGUAGAUACACUAAGUGUACUUGGCUGUUGUUCAAAAAACAUUUCUGUUUACUGUAAUAAAGCCUCUUGAAGAAUCUUUGAAAAUGUGAGAAAAGCUGAUUCAAAUCGGAAUAAUUCUCCUUUAUGGAAUAACCAUGUAAAAGUCGGAUAAAACUCAUGAAAGAAGCAAUUGGAACAAAACAGAACUAUUUAUAGUAUUCUGUUUGUACCUACUGCCUUGUGUGUUACAUUCUUGAUUAUCUUAAUUGUCAGCAUUUUUGCCAAUAUUUUCCACGUUUUACCAAUUUCUGAUAUAUUCACUGGAAAUAUAUUCAGUUUAAUCGUAAACAGUACUUGAAAUAGCUGAGUGUUUGAAUCAUUAUCCUUUCAUUGAAAUAUUUUAGUCAAUAGAACAUUGAAAGUUUGUGAAAAUAGAAUCAUCCAAACUAAAAACAUUCACCUCGGUUACUAAUUCUGCAGAAAUUCAUAUACCUUACUUUCAAACUUACUUGAUUAAUCUAUUAGCUACUUGAACCUCCAGAUUCAAAGACAUAAUCAGCGGUAAGAGAUGCUGAAUAUUUAGAUACGUUUAAUCAAUUUUUUAGACCUGUUACGACACAGCUUUGGAGCAGGUGGGACUGGAACCUGGAUCUUCUGAAUGCUGAAUAUAUAAAUUUGUUUGUAUCAAAUAAGUUCUGUUGAUGGAUCUUUAAAUAACGUAGUUGAAGGUAAUAAGGUAAAUGGGUGUUUGGUAUUGAUUUGGACUUAGAUUGUAUUUAGAUGUGUUUAUAAAGAGCUAGCCAUUACUAGGGCAGGGUUGUUUUGAGUGAAAAUGUAACCUCUGUUAAAACAAUAAAUAUUCUCCAUCAAAGCA